CGCUGCAGCAAGCACCUGGGCCCAUGCAGCCUAUGCAGUGGAUGCCCAAGAUAGCUUUGACGAGUCCCAAGCCUUUCUUCGACGAUAAGAAGAAGGAGGAAGACUUGGACACCUGGGUGAGAAUUGUGCCUACUUAUGUGAGGCAUAAGCUCACAAGACCAGAACAAGAAGUUGUAGUGGCUGCCUCCUUUUUAGAAGGAUCAGCAGCCUGCUGGUUAAAUGACUUAGUGCAGCAACAGGGCUACGGUCAAAACUUCGAUGCCUGGGCACAAUCCCAGACAUUGGAAGAGUUCAUACGGUCCGUGUACAACAGGUGGCAUGACCCACAAGGGGCUCAGAAGGCCACUGAUGCUAUCAACAACCUUUGUUCCCGAAGGUUCAAGAAUGUUAGAGAGCUAACGGACGCCGUAGAACGACUAAUCGUGGUACUUGGUGUGCGUUUUGACCAGCAGGUUCUCCUAACGGAUUACCUAAGGUGCCUACCUUCAGAGGUAAGGACCAGGCUGGUUGACGAAGCCUAUGUUGAACAGCACACCUUCGCUUCUUUUAGUAAGAAAGCUUUGGACAUCGAGGCCAAGCUAGGAUCUGCGCAUCAGGCACCCAACGAUGGUAGGAAGAGACUGCCCCAGGAUUGGAAGAAAAAAGGUCAGUUAAUGUUCGUUGACCACGAUGGUCAAACGAUGCAGAUUGACGACUACUCGGAUCUUGGGGAGUUCACAGAGCACGAUGGGGGUGGUGAGACUUCAGAUGGUGGAGUCGUGGCCCCCAUCAAGGAAAAGGCUAGGGGGACCGGGAAGAAGAAGGUAGUACGGUCCACGGGUCAGGGCGACCAAGGGACACCCGAAUGGGUGAAGAUUGGUUUAGACUACGAGGUGUGGCGUGACCGCGUUGCUAGGGGUACAUGCAUGAACUGUGGCAACUAUGGCCACACGUCUAGGACGUGCCGCGGCAAGAAAGUCACAACGAAGCACGCGAUGAAUAGGAUCUUUCAUGACUACUUGGACAAGUUUAUCGUCGUGUACCUCGACGAUAUUCUCAUCUUUAGUAGGACUGUAGAGGAGCACGCGGAGCACCUGAAAACAGUGCUAGGCCUCCUAAGACAGCACCAGUACAAGGUAAACUUGGAUAAAUGCGAGUUCGGUCGCACCAAGAUCUUGUACUUGGGACAUGCAAUUUCAGCAGAUGGAUUGAGGCCGGAAGAUGCGAAGGUGGCCAGCAUACAUGACUGGCCCAGACCUCAAACGGUUACUGAGGUCAGAUCGUUUUGGGGGAUGAUGGGCUAUUAUCGUCCAUUUGUGAAGAACUAUAGUACUAUAGCUUCCCCAUUAACAGAUCUAACUCGACUUGACACCCCUUGGGAGUGGACUGAAGAGUGUGAAGCAAACUUCAAGAAAUUGAAGUAUGAUCUGACGCACUACGAAGAUCUCAAACUUCUUGAUCCUGACAAGCCGUUUGUUGUGACCACAGACGCCAGCCAAUAUGGCAUAGGCGCGGUCCUUGCGCAACAGGAAGGGCCCAAGUUGAGACCGUGGAGACACUACCUCCUAGGAAGAUUCUUCUAUGUGAGGUCGGAUCAUGAGACUUUGCACUAGAUUAAGACACAGCCAUUCUUGUCGGACGCACUCAAGAGAUGGAUUCAAGUGAUAGACAUGUAUGACUAUCAACUUGAUCCUAUCAAAGGUACGCACAACAAAGUGGCUGAUGCGUU